UGUUGACACAGACAAUUCUACUGAAUUGGAGAAGCUGAGAUAAAUUAGAUUAACUGUCAAAUUUUCACUUAAUUUCUUAAAAAGUGUUAAAUGUUGGUUAUUGUAGCUUUAAAGUUAGCACGGUCUUGCCCCUUUAAGGCCUCCAUGCCGUAACCUAGGAGACGUCAUGUUUACUUCCGGGUUGUCAGACUCGAAAACAACAGGGGCAGCAGCACGCCGAGUACCGAGCAAACCGGAUUAAAGACCCGCAGCGAUGGCAGGGGAGACCGAGGACGAGAUCCCAGAAUCUGGAGCAGCUUUUACUUUUGGAAAGAGCAAGUUUGCAGACAACAUUCCAACUAAAUUCUGGCUUAAAAAUGAUGCUCCCCUGAAAAUAUCUUGUGGAGACGAACACACCGCUUUAAUAACAAAAGAUGGAAAACUAAUCAUGUUCGGCAUUAAUAACUGGGGCCAGCUCGGUGUGGGGUCCAAGCUGACCGUCAACAAGCCUACCUGUGUCAAAGCUCUGAAGUCAGAGAAGGUUCGGCUUGUGGCCUGUGGAAGAAACCACACUGUGAUCUACACAGCUCAGGGGAACGUGUACGCCUCAGGUGGGAAUGGUGAGGGUCAGUUGGGGCUCGGCGACUGUGAGGAGAGGACGACGUUUCAGAAAGUUGACUUCUUUAAUUCCCGUGGACCAAUCAGAAUGCUCGCUGCUGGUUCAAACACCUCAGCUGCCCUCACAGAGAGCGGUCAACUAUUCAUGUGGGGCGACAAUGCAGAGGGUCAGAUCGGUUUGGGAAAGGAAAGUCACACCUGCCUCCCACAGGAGCUCAGCGUGGGGCAACCGAUCAGCUGGGUGUCCUGCGGAUAUUACCACUCUGCCUUAGUGACAGUUGCUGGAGCUUUGUACACGUUUGGUGAGCGUGACAGUGGGAAACUAGGUCUGGGCACCGACCAGCUGCCAGGACACAGAGUCCCUCAGCUGGUGAAGAGCAUCAAAGAGCCGGUGACACAGGUGGCCUGUGGGGGCGGACACACAGUGGCACUAACAGAUAAUGGCGUUUACACGUUCGGAUCGGGUCAGUUUGGGCAGCUCGGUCAUGGAACGUUCAUUUUCGAGUCUCGGCUGCCGCGACGGGUCGAACACUUCAGGAAGGGGCGGGUCGGACAGGUGUCCUGUGGAGAGAAUCACACCGCUGUCAUCACUGAUGGUGGUUUGCUCUACACGUUCGGAGACGGCAGACACGGGAAGCUGGGUCUGGGAGAGGAGAAUUUUACCAACCAGUUCCAACCAAUGCUGUGUUCACGCUUCCUUGAGUUCAACGUUCAGUCAGCUUCGUGCGGAGGCUGUCACAUGGUGGUUCUGGCUCGGCGAAGGGAUCUGAGCUGUGCUCGUGUGACUCUGGAAGAGGAUGACACAACGGAAGAUUACCUGGAGAAGCCAUAUGUGGAGCUGCUGGGAAACACAGUGGACUCGUCCACCCUGCAGAGAGACUCCUCCGCCCGGGUUCGCCGGAGAGAGAGGGAGCGAUCUCCAGACCAUAUUGGGGCCAUGUCCCAUACUCUUCCUUCCACAACAGCUGGAUACAUCCACCCACCACUGCCAGUCUUGCACCAGACUGUGCCACUCAAACGACCUCCACCUGAGCCAAACCACAGAGAGAGGCUCAACAGCACACAUCUACAGGGGAAGGCAGAGUCAAACUAUGAGGAGCAGACAGUCUGUGACACAGAUGGUGUUGUGAACGACCUGAAUGACACUGACAGCAUUAAAGACCUGGGAGAAACCACAGACUUCCUCAACAUGACACAUGUGAUGAAGGUGGACCCCGAGGACAAAACACUCACGCUGUCUCCAGUUCAGAAGAGAUGGAGCAAAGGCAACGAUGAAGAAGAUGAAGCAGAAAUAGAUGAAGAUGAGGACAAUAAUCAAGAGGUGGAGGAAGCAGAAGACAAACAAACCUCAGCUGAGACAGUGAUGUUGAGAGACUCUGCAGAGAAAGCAGCAGAAGAGAGGCAGAGUGCCAAGCCUGAGGGGCUGAACGAAGAACUUGUGCCUGACGGAGAGCAACAAGCUGACAUGAGCGAGCAGCCCACCGCUGAAAGCAGUCCCAAUCCAACUGAUGGGAGGGACGGCACUGACUCAAACAGCCAAUCAGGCUCUAAAAUGCGCUUCCUUUUUAGACGCUUGUCUUUUACCAAGCCAAGGCAAACCAAAGGCAAAGACCAGACCAGAGACGCAGAGGGCACGGUCAGAGGUAAUGCAGCUGGCCAGCGCGAGCCUCUGCCCCACACUCCCAGCAGGAACAGAAGCAUCAAGUCUAACAGAGCCCAUCAGCAGUCUCACUCAGGGACCUGCACCAUUGUGUGACCACAGUAGCCUCAUUCUCAGGUGGCCACGGUUGCCUUAAGACAUUUGAUCAAUGCAGCACAUAGAGUUCCCCUCAGAAGUGUAGGUCUGCAGGGGAUCACUCCAGAGCCUGUUGUGUGUCUGUGUAAAAACACACUAAAAGCACUGCGGAUUUGUACACAUUUUCAUUUGUAAGUAUCUUUUUCAGGACUAUUAAAUUUGAAUUAGUACCAAAACAUUAUUUUUCUAUACAAGGAAAAAUUAAUCAGUCAGAACCAUAACUAGAAAUUAUUACGAGGCUCCACGUUUACUGCGUGUAAACAGUUUGAUUUAAUUGGCCCAUGUUGAUCCGUCCAAGCAGCUUCUAAGCUCCAAUGGGCUUAACAGCCCCUUAAAAGUGAACUUAAAAUGUCUUUAAAACACUUAAUCAUAUUUAGUUUGUUUUGUAUGUUACUUAGUACUUUAUCAGCUUCAGUGGUGCCUUUGGCUUGUAUGGAAUACAACAUAUGUUUUGCUUCCUUGGUUAAACUUACACAUGCAACAAGAUUAUUUUCAGUUCAGUUCAACUGAGUUGAUAUGGUGCCAAGUCAGAGCAACAGUUGUCUCAUGUCAAUUUACAAACUACAGAAAACAACAACACAACUGUAAAGAUAUAGAGAAAAUCCCCAAAUGUCCACUUGAGCAGCACCAGGAGACUUUUUUACAGAACCAGGCUCAUGGUGGGCAGCCAUCUGCCUUGACAGGUUGGCGUGAAGAGAGUAGAACAACAGACAACAAAAGAUGACAAUGCACUGCAAUCUGGGAACAUCCCCAAGCCCCAAGUUCAAUGUGUGUAGAAAGGAACAGAGAGGGAGAAGCUCAGCAACUGAAGAGAGAAGACACAGUUUAUAACAUGCAGUCCAACAUUUCUUUAGACAUUUUCUGUUUCCCUGAAUGGAGCUGUUUCACAUUAGAGGCCAUUAUAUUAAUUAUUUUAUUUUGUAACAGCAGUUUUAAAUCCUGAUUACUUUUCUCAUAUUCCUUCACAUAUGACACCAAACUGUCUGUUUGGUUGUUGAGUGACAUGUCUUCUAACCAGUUCUUGAGCCCCAGCGUGUGUGUGUUUUUAAACUGAUAGGAUGAAAAACUGUUAUUUAUUGUGACAUUGAGCACAUUUGCACUUUUGUGAUUGCUGUGUAUUUGAAAGAGUUUAUAACGUGAUCCUUUUAUGAAUGGAUAUUGCAGCAUUGUAGAGUUUCUUUUUUCAUUUAAAUUACUAAAGCAUUUUAAGUCAUUAUUUUUAUGGUUGUGGGAGUUUCCUUGUCUAUUCUCUGUGCUUUAAACCACAAUGUUUUAGUUUAUUAAGCUACAAGCUUAUCUGUUUACAUAUUUAUGUAAUGUUACAUCUGUCAUGUUGGACACACUGAGCGCAGGGAGAAGUGCCUUUAUUUUAUUUUCAGUAGAUUUCAUAAUAUUGCUCAGCACAAAUAAAAGGAAGAUCAAAGGACUGUGAUGGGAAACUCGAAGAAAUAUUAAAUGGAAGUGCAUCAACUGAUAACAAUAACAUCCUGUGAACUGGCAUGCAAUACAAUUUGGGAUGUUUUAACCUGUGGGCAGAGACCACUCCCCCAUAACAACAAUUUAAAUAGAGAAGGUAAAUUUACCCGCAUGAAGCUGAAGCAGAUAUAAAAAUAAAACCUAUCUAUGUA